AUGCCACUCAAAUACGAGACCUGCAACGUCAAGGAUCUGGGCUUCUUGAUCGGCAACAUGCUUAUGGAGCUAAUUCGUCUCAACGACAAGAUCCCUCUGAAUGGCCGCCUGACUAGAUUCCACUCGAGGGCUCCACCCGGUAUCUCUUGCCAUGAUUAUCUUCAGCGUCUUAUUCAGCACGCUACUCUCUCGCCGCCAAUUCUUCUCUCGGUUGUUUACUACAUCGAUCGCCUGUGUUCGCUCUAUCCGGCGUUCACCAUCAGCUCCCUUACUGUCCAUCGCUUCCUCAUCACAGCUGCCACUGUUGCUGCAAAAGGUCUGAGCGAUAGCUUCUGGACAAACCCCACGUAUGCGAGAAUCGGCGGUAUUAGUGUCAGCGAACUGGCGACUCUGGAAAUGGAGUUCUUGGAAAAGGUCCAAUGGCGCAUUGUCCCUAAGCCUGAAGUUUUGGUUGACUACUAUGUCAGUCUUGUUCAGAGAAACGAAGGCUAUCAACUCGAGACUGCUGCCGAGUCAGACCCGACUUGA